AAGACGCACGCCCUGGCCCGGAAAACCCCGCCCCUCGCAGCCCAGCCCUCUGGACCUCAUCUGGACAGCCGCCUCCUGGAGCUCCCCUCCCUGAGCUGCCAUCUGCUGCACCAAAACCCCCUAGGCCUGUGUCAGUCCAGCAGCUGAUAGAACCAUGGCAAUAACACCGGAUGCUGCUUUUGAGACCCUCAUGAACGGAGUGACAAGCUGGGAUCUCCCCAGCGAACCUGUUCCCAGUGAACUCCUUCUUAUUGGGGAGGCCGCCUUCCCAGUGAUGGUGAAUGACAAGGGCCAAGUGCUCAUUGCUGCCUCCUCCUAUGGACAAGGCCGCCUUGUGAUUGUCUCCCAUGAAGGCUACCUGCUGCAUGCUGGCUUGGCCCCAUUUCUUCUCAAUGCAGUGCGUUGGCUCUGUCCCACCCCUGGGGCUCCCAGUGCAGUGCAUCCUUCCUUGGCAUGCCUAGUAAACAUCCUGCAGGGCUCUGGGGUUGAUGCACAGAUUGGGCCCAAACCACCUGAAAAGCCCCUAGGUGUUUACUGCACCGAUGCCUACAAUGACACCUUGACUGAGAAGCUGGUCAAGUUUGUGAAGUGUGGAGGUGGCUUGCUCAUUGGAGGCCAGGCCUGGUAUUGGGCCAGUCAACAUGGACGUGACAAGGUGCUGUCUAGUUUCCCUGGGAACCAGGUGACAAGUGUGGCCGGAGUGUACUUCACAGACAUCUAUGGGAACAAAGACCGGUUCAAGAUCUCUAAGAAGGUGCCCAAGAUCCCACUCUAUGUGAGGUGUUGGGAGGAGCUUAGACUUGACCAGCAGCAGCUUCUGGAUGGGAUCUCUGAGCUGGACAUCAAGACGGGAGGAGUCCCCUCGCAGCUGCUGGUGCAUGGGGCCCUGGCCUUCCCUCUGGGGCUCAAUGCCUCCUUCAGCUGCUUCCUGGCGGCUGCCCGCUAUGGCCGUGGCCGUGUGGUGUUGGCUGCCCAUGAGGCCUUGCUCUGUGCUUCAAAGAUGGAGCCCUUUUUGCUCAAUGCUGUACGAUGGUUGUCCAGAGGCCAGACCGGCAAAGUUGGGGUGAACAAAAGUCUCAAGGAUCUGUGUUCCCUGCUGUUGAAUCAUGGGUUGGAAAGCAGCCUGGAGUCCCAUCUGACUAGUGACUUGUGUGUCUACUGCUGUUCGGCUUAUAGCGACCAGGAGGCCAAGAGGCUGCAGGAGUUUGUAGCUGAGGGUGGGGGGUUGCUCAUCGGUGGCCAAUCCUGGUGGUGGGCCUCCCAGAAUCCAGGCUGCUCUGCUUUGGCCGGUUUCCCCGGGAAUGUCAUCCUUAACAGCCUUGGUCUCAGCAUCCUGCCUCAGACUCUCAGCCCAGGCCGCUUCCCUGUCCUUCCUACAAAAAGGAGGAGCUACCACUUCCGCAAGGCUCUGUCUGAGUUCCAGGCUAUGUUGGACCACAAGGGUGGGAACUUGGAAAAGAAUUGUCUAGCAAGGUUGGGUGUAGAUGCUGCAGGCUUCUUGAAGAUUCCUGCACAGGGCAUCCCUGCUUAUACAUCUUUGCAUCGGCUCCUGAGGAAGAUGUUGAGACAAUCUGGCCUUCCAGCUGUGAGCAAGAAAAACCCAGUUGCCUGUGACUCCUGUGAGGCCGUGAUGCUCUGUCUGGCCACAGAACUGGCACACUCAGGGACUGACUGCUCCCAGCUAACCCAGGGAGUUGCCACUUCGACCUGUUCCUCCAAUCUGUGUCCCUCGGAGCACCCCAUCACUGUGGAGAUCAGUGGAACCAACCCAGGUAAGAGUGAUGCUUGGAUGAGCACUGGGCUCUACCUCCUGGAAGGACAAAGCGCAGAGGUCUCUUUGUCUGAAGGUGCUAUCUCUGCUGGCCUGAAGGUACAGGUUGGGUGUCACACUGAUGACCUCAGUGGGGCCAGAAAGCUGUCUCGAGCCCCUGUUGUAACUCACCAGUGUUGUAUGGACAGGACCCAGCGGUCAGUCUCCUGCCUCUGGGGUGGUCUGCUGUACAUCAUUGUGCCCAAGGGAUCUCAACUCGGCCCUGUGUCUGUUUCCAUCAGGAGGGCAGUGCGUGCCCCAUACUACAAGCUGGGUAAGACAUCUCAGGAGGAGUGGAGGAGCUGUGUCCAGGAGAACAUGGGACCCUGGGGGGAGCUAGCUACAGAAAACAUCAUCCUGACGGUGCCAACUGCCAGCCUCCGGACUCUGAAGGAUCCAGAGCCCCUGCUUCAACUCUGGGACAGGAUGAUGCAGGCCAUAGCCAGGCUGGCAGCUCAGCCCUUCCCUUUCCUGCAACCUGAGAGGAUUGUUGCUGAUGUGCAGAUCUCAGCCGGCUGGAUGCACUCAGGUUACCCCAUCAUGUGUCACCUGGAGUCUGUGCAGGAGCUUAUCAAUGUGACAAGCAUAACAAAUAAAGGCCUGUGGGGACCCAUCCACGAGCUGGGCCACAACCAGCAGCAAGGUGGCUGGGAGUUCCCACCACAUACCACUGAGGCCACCUGCAACCUCUGGUCUGUCUAUGUGCACGAGACAGUCCUGGGGAUCCCCAGGGCUCAGGCCCACUCCGCUCUGAAGCCUGUAGAACGGGAAAAGAGAAUCAAAGAACAUCUUCAGAAGGGUGCACCCCUCUGUAACUGGCAUGUGUGGACGGCUCUGGAGACAUACCUACAGCUCCAGGAGACCUUUGGGUGGGAGCCAUUCACCCAGCUCUUUGCUGACUACCAGACCCUCUCUGGUCUCCCUGAAGACAAUGCUAGCAAGAUGAAUCUAUGGGCGAAGAAGUUCUCUGAAGCCGUGCAGAAGAACUUGGCCCCUUUCUUUGAGGCCUGGGGCUGGCCUAUCCAGAAGGAAGUGGCUGACAGUCUGGCCCACCUGCCUUGCUGGCUGGAUCACCCCCUGAGGGUGUACAUGAGCACUCAGGAGUAACAGAUUUACAGCAGGUAGAGAGGGGCAUAAAGACCACGGACCAGUUUCACCAGUGUGUUCUGACCUGAGACACUCAGUGCCUUAGCUUGUUCUCAAUUAUAUGCUUUUCCAAACAUAUUUUGGUUUUUUUUAAAUAACAUUCCAAGCUUUCUUGAGCAUACAAGGCUCCUUAUGAGAAUAAUCCUAGAAAAUGUCCCAUUCUGUAUCGUCAGGCACAUUUCCCUUGAUUUCACCCGUAUCCUUGAGCAGGUGUUUUAUACAUGAAAGACAUUCGGUAAGUUGGUAAGUUUUUGCUCAAUGAAAGAGAGAUAAAGACCCCUGACUCAUAAGGAGCAGGCAGUCCAUGAGCCUAGGCUUUGUGGGAAGUGUUUUCCAUGAGUUAGCACAGAUAAUCUGCCAACAGUCUUCCAACAUAGGCACUGCUACCAUCCCCAUAUCAUUCAUGACAGAACCAACACUUAGAGGUAUUAACCAUAAUAAGAGAGAAUGUCAGAGCUUGACAGAAGUCCACAGCAAUGGCAAACUGUAACGGCAAGUUUAUCUUUGAUGAAUUUGCAAUUUAAACAAAAAUUUGCCCAGAAAAUAGGUAAAAGGAAGUUCGACAAGCUCUAAUUUUCCCCCAUCUUACCAUUAAAUUUUGGUUAAACAUCAAAUUGAAACUCUAAAUAGGUUUGUGUUGGUAAAACCCCUUGCCUGAAGGAGACAUAUAAAUAAUGUCCCUCCAUUGGUCCCAAUGACAAAUAGAGAUGAUUGCACCAAAGUGCACCAAUAAGUGUACUUUUUUAUUGGGCUUACUUACAGAGCAGUAGGUUAGGGCUUGCUUACAGGAGUGUAGAUGCUCCCUUGUUAAGAUUGAACCUGGAAAGUCUUCAUCCAAGCAUGAUGGCUUCCCCUUAGCCCCCACCCCGACCCCCUCCUCCCUUAGUCUCCCAGCCUACACACUCUAGUCCUUCCCCAUGGUCACAUGCAAUUAAGAGUGAAUUGUCCACCACUGGGUUGUGAGGUGUGGGUGGAUACUCAGGUGAAGGUCCAGUGACUCUCCCUGCCCCCUGUAUGGAGGCAUCAACAGUCGACAAACCCAGCUGUGAUAAUAUUUGGAAAGCUUAGCAAAUGGACACAGAUAAGAUUUAGGAAGAUGGCAUCUGACUGACUUCAUGGACAAUCUUGUACAUUUUGGCAUCUGAUUUUCUGUUUACUUCAGCAAAUGAUCUUCCUAAGGUUGAUCCAGAAUAGAGAAGGCAUCUGAGCCCAGGCAUUUCAAUUCCAGAACUGGUGGUAUUCUUAUUCAUGAUGUGAGGGAGGAGUAAGUAGAUGGGUAAUGCUGGGUUUAAUGGGUUGCCUAAGAGACAGAAACAAAACCUAACUCUUUCCACACCCUCUCUCUGAGUCCUGUGAUUCCUUCUCUCUCCUGCAGACUGACUCUGGCUUCACCUCUUGUUUCUAUGCUCCUAGUUAAUUGCCUGUGACUGAAAUGCUUCUAGGUUACCUGAACACAGAAAACUAAUUUUUCUGCCCUUAAUAAGUAUCAUCCAUGAUUUCCGGAACCUUUACUUCCACAAUUAUAUAGUUCUAAGGCUAGAAAAUGUAUUAGGAAAAAAAAUUCUAAAACAGUAGGCUAAGACAAACUCCCAUUACAGAUAGGUGAAGUGGUGACAAGCCCUACCCCAACAGAAGAAUUGGCAAUUGGCAGGAAGGGGCAGUUUUCUUCUUCAAGGAUCCGACCCCAAGAGGCUACUAACCUCCAGUAGAUGGCCCUAAAUCAAGGGGAUCUUUGUGAGUUCAAGGCCAACCUGGGCCAGCCAAGGCUACAUAAUGAGACAAUGUCUCAAAAAAGAAGAUGAAGAAACAGAGAAAACAAACAAGAACCACAUGGAAUUGGGAAGGAAUUGGGGGGGGGGAUAAAGAAAGAAUUAGAGGAGAAGGAGUGGGGGUGGAUUUGAUCCACAUCAUAUGCAUGUAUGAAAUUCUCAAACAACAGAAAAGAAAAUAUGCUAGAUGCAAAUCCAGCUUGUCUAUAUUUGGAGUCUGUUUCUUGUGGUUUCCCUUAAACUAAAUCUUUUUGCUUGGUCACCCCCUCCCUGUAUAUGGCACUGGUUUGGUUUCUCUCUCAUGAACUUCCUUAUUACUGGGGUAAAAACCCCCAUCGGUUCUUUAGAAUCACCAAGUGCAAUGCAUGGUCCACUUGGUUUAGGGCUUGACCCACUGCUAACAGAAGUAGAUACAGGACCCCAGCCUGGUACAUCUGACCAAUACUUUCUGAUCUUGACUAGUUCAAGCGAUGGAGGUGGUCCAGGUCAGGCCAGUGAAGUGUAUAUCAUAGACUUUUAGUGGCUAGACUGGGCAUCACACAUUUCCUUUGGUAUUGGGGAGAAAAGCAUAAUAAAAUUGCUCAAACCUGUUAAUUAUUACAGUUAUGUAAGAGACACUUGAGGGAUAGUUUCGCAUUUUUUGCAUAUGUUUGGAAAUUUCAUAAUAAACUUGUAUUGCCUGUUUUGA